AGAAUUUGUACUUGUACUUGCACAUCAAUAGGCAUAGGCCUACGCCACGACGCUCCAAAACACUGCUGGACUUGUCAAAUGUUUUCAUGUGGAUGUAAAGUGACACGACGACGUAGUGACACUGAUGUUUUAAUUUGCACAGUUUAUCCAAUUAACUGCAAUUGAGCUUUGCGAAGAAAUUUGAAUAGGCCUAUCCUUUCAACGUUUUUGGGUAAUGUUUUAGUGUAUUAAUUUUUCAUCAUACAGGACUACAGUUUCGUCAUGUCAGCGAGGUUAUCAAUCAAUAGGGUUCUAACCAAAAGGCUCCUGUGCAAUUUUAAGGGUAGAAUUUUACUCUUGUUGCUUUCCUUUGCAGUAUUUAUUCUUGUUUACCAAUAUAUUAUAUCAUUGUCACAAGCGAAGAUUAUUUCACUUGAUGAAAUUCCAGAUAAUCUAGUCCCUGCAGUUUCAAGUAUGAAGGACAUUUCUGAUAACACAAAACUUUGUGACCUGAUGCCCAUUGUCAUCAAUAGUUCCUGGCCACUCAGCUCACUUAAUGUGACAGAUGAAUACUUGGAGACCCUUGCAAUUCAAAGUAAUAUUAAAUUAGGAGGCUUGUGGAAACCCUCUACUUGUGUAUCACAGCACAAAGUUGCAAUCGUUGUUCCGUACAGAGACAGACAAUCUCAGCUUGACAUUUUUGUUGCUCACAUGCACCCCUUCUUACAGUUCCAGCAUCUUCAUUAUCAAAUUAUCAUUGUUGAGCAAACCCACCAAAGACCUUUUAACAGAGCCAAGCUGUUUAACAUAGGAUUUGUAGAAGCUGAAAAGAUUUCACCAUUUCAUUGUUACAUAUUUCAUGAUGUAGAUCUGAUUCCGUUAAAUAUUCAUAAUAUUUAUGGAUGCACCAAACUACCAAGACACUUGUCUGCUAAUAUUGAUGUUUUUGACUACAAAAUUCCAUACGACUGGAUAUUUGGUGGUGCUGUUGCGAUUUUGAAACAACAAUUUGUGUCUGUGAACGGAUUUUCAAAUAAAUUCUUUGGAUGGGGAGGUGAAGAUGAUGACUUUUUCAAUAGAGUAACAAGAAAUGGGACCACCAUAUGCAGGUUCGAACCUGAAAUUUCCAGAUACACAAUGUUAACACACAAGAAAGAACUACCGAAUGAAGACAGAUACUACUACUUAUCAACAGGGGUGAGAAGAUUUGAAUCUGAUGGGCUGAACUCUCUAAAAUAUACAGUGAGAGAUAUUGAACUUAAACCUCUUUACACAAAAUUACUAGUCGAUUUAUAAAAAAAUGUUAGGAUAAGAAUGCGAUAUUAGGUAAGUAGGCUAAGUUAUUUUUUAUUAAGUUGUCGAAAAGCCAAAAAUGAAGUAGCCCUAGAGUAUAAGGUUGAAGAGAUCUUGGUCUUACUAAAAAUGUAGGCCUACCUAUUUUUUUUAUACACUACUUGCAAUUUUGCUAAAACAUGACUGUGUAGAAGAAGCUCCAGUAUCCUUUUGGACGCCAAAUAUAAUUUGUUUAGCCUAGUUGUUACAUAUGAAAAUAUUGUUUUUUUAGGAAGCAUAAAAUCAGUGUAAGGUUAAAAAGCAAUCAACUCCUGCUAUAUAUUUAUACCGGUACUUAAAAAAGGUUGACAAGACUCUAAAAUAAUUUAAACUUUGAUAUGUUAAAUAUUAAGAUUGGUACAGUUUCCCUUGUAAUUCAAGUCAAUAUUUAAGUAGCCAAAUGGUAAGAACCAAGAUCUGUGUAGACAAAAGGCGAGAAAAUGGAAGACGGUCAGAUUUUAGAUGGUUUGUAAGUUUAGGCUUUCUUACGUACAUUUAUGACAUGCAAUUGUAGGCGAUUCCCAAUAAAAGGAUUAAAAACUUGAUAAGUAGACUUGCAAAAGCAGUUGCCCUGACUAAUUUAAAUAUUUAAGCUCUCUUAAUUAAUUGUUAUCUUCCUUUGGUUUUUGUGCUUCAUGAAAUAGAAUCACCUCAAUCAAUACUCAAGCUUCAAUACUGUAGCUUAAAUAUGAAGGCCUAUAGUGAACAAGUUAGUUAGAAACAAACAGAGUAUAGAAAAGAUUGCAAUUGAUUCAAAUCUAAUGGAUAUCCUAGGCAAGUCAUAUCUUAGUUGUACAGUCCUCAAUGGUGUGUACGAAUUUUUAUUAAUCAAGGCGGGUCCAUAGCAGUAUUCGCAGAGCAACGAGCAGCUGUUCGCCUAAUUACCGGGUGUUCGUCUAUUUUUUAUUAGCUGAACAUCAGUGCGUACAAAAAGGGGGAAAGGGAAACCUUUGCUCGAUAAACUUUUUCGGCUAUCAGCUUGGUGUCUAGUUACAAAUUUCCAGCAGUUUUUUAUCCAAUUGAAGGCUAUGUAUAAAUGAAUUUUAUUUUCUCUAAACUGUAUGUUUUUGUUGGUAGUGGCAUAAAGAAUCAUAGACUCUCCCAGUAAGAUGUAAUCAAUAGAUCGUUUGAAUUAGAGCGGGAUGCACAAUUAAACGUGCACACAAUCCCCACCAUCGUCGCUUGGUUUUGUACUGUCAUCUCAACAAUCAAUGGCCAUCAUAUUUAUCAACUAAAUAGCCCAUUGUGGUGUGACUCAGUAUUGCUGGGAGCCUUAUUCUCAUCUCUCCCUAAAUGCCUUUCUAAUUGUCGGGAUCUACUUACAUGAAACCCCGUGCUCUGCAAGGCUCAUUUGGGCGAGCGCCAACUAUCAUAGACACCAACUUGCGGGCACUGUAGUGUAAAAUAUUAUACACAACAUAAAAUGCUUAGCUAGCCGUCUGCUUCUGAUUCACUGAUCUCAAUUAAGAGCCGGAGAUGUUUACGACUUUAUUGCUAUGCCGGAUGACAAUAUCCCUUCGAAAAAAAGGCUCAGUUAUUUUUUAUUACACAAAAACCUAAAAUAGGCAUCUUUACAACUUUAUUAAGA